AUGAAAAAUGCAUAUUAUUUAAAAUUUAAUAAUAAAAGUUUUUAUUUAUUGCAGACAAGCAUGUCAAAUAAAAAUAGCCAAGAAAUAAAAAUUUAAGUUGGUUCAUUCAUUUAGGAAAAAUCUAUCAUAAAAUAUAUAAUAACUGUAGAAUGCAGCAAGAAAAGAUGGCAAAUAUAUAAAAGGUAAGAUAAUUAUACUUACAUAAUAGAUAUUCUGAGAUAGAACUAAUCCAUAAUAAAUUGAUUGAAAUGUAUAAUGAUCUACCGUAAUUUCCAAAAAAAUAGUUAUUUCAUCUAAAUAGAAGUGAGAUCGAAUUCAGAAUGUAAUAACUAAAUGAUUAUCUAAAUUAAUUGUAAAGUAGAAUGGAAAUAAUGAAUUCAACAAUUAUUAGAGAUUUUUUAAUAGUAAACUUUUUUUCCUAAAAAGCUUGAUCAAUAUGAUGAAUUUUUACAUCCAGUUUAAACUUAAAUCAGGAUUUUAAAUAUGUGUUUGAAAGAUAUACAUGAAAAUGAUAAUAUUACUUUAUUAUUACUCCAUGAUUCUAGUAUUCUUACAAGAAUAGAUACUUAUAUGAAUAAUAUGUUAGAUUCAACAAAAAAAUCUCCUAUAAGUACAGUUGUUUGCUUUAGUCAGAAUUUUAAGCAAAAACUAUUUUCUAAAGAAUAUUUCAAAACCUUGAUUUGUAUGAACUUUAAUAAUAGUGAAAACUCUUUUGUUGUAGGGUACAAAUAAAUAAUUUGAUUAAAAUAGGCUUUCAUCAGGAUUGGUUUAUUAUUAUAGAUUGGAUGACAAAUAUACAAUCGAUAUGGAAGAGUAAUUUUAGAUUUCAUAAACUAAAAUAUCAGGAUGUGUUUUAGUUUAAAGAGAAAUUCAUGCUAUUACAAGUAAUUUUUUAAAAAUACAAAAUACUAAAAAAAUAAAUGAGUUUUAAGAAAUAACAGUUGGGUAACAUGAUUUAACAAACAUAAUUUAUAAUUCUAUAAGAAACAUUAUAGUUAUAGCUAAUGACAUUGGUGAAAUAUAUAUAUGUUAAGUGCCUUUUGUAAAAAUAGGACUCAAAGUUUAAACUCACACUCCUCAAAUUAAAUAAUUAUUGAUAGAUAAUGAGAGAAAUUAUUUAAUGGCAUUAAAUUAUGAUCCAAGUCAUAUUAUAAUAUUUGAUUUCGCAAAAGGACUUUAGAAUGGUUUUGCAUAAAUAAAAACUAAUGUUGAGGUAAAAAAUAAGGUAAUCAAAAUAUAUAAAAUAGAGCUUAUGUUUUGAAUGGUCUAAAAAAAGAGGAGAAAUAUUUAUAGGAAAUGAAGAUGGAACAAUUUCGAUUUGGAAUGUAUAAGAUUUAUAGCCAUUUUGUAAGGAUAGUAUCAUAAUUAGAUGUAUUUAAGGCUCAUUCUAAAGGAGUUAACAUGAUUAUUUGGAAUGAAGAUAAAUCAUUACUCUUGACAGGAAGUGAUGAUGAAACCUUAAAACAAUGGUAUUUCCCAAAGAAAUGGAGGGUUAGUCAAGCAGACAAUUUCUCAACUUUUUGA